AUGGCCAACUCCAGAGAUGAAGCCUUUUGGGCCCCCAUCGGGUCCAUCUUUGACUUGACCCUGAAAUUCGAGCAAAUUAUUUUUAGUCUGUCUUUCUCGUCUCUCGCAGUGGUUCUCUCCGUAUUGUUAUUUCGCCAUUACUACCAAAACCCUGUGUACGCUCGCAGCGGGAUGCUGCUAGGGGCAAAGCUUGCCACGACUGGUGUCAUUUUCGCUUCACAGAUUGCUUCCCUAGUCCUUUGGGCAGUCGCGACUGGCCACCGCACAAACACGGCAAUACCGGCCACGGCUAUCGAGCUCUUGGCUGCUGCAUGCUUAGCGGCCAUCAUUUACAUCGAACAUAGACAUUCCAUUCGGUCUUCAGCCUCUACUUCCAUCUACCUGAUACUCAGCCUAGCUUUUGAAGUAUGCAGGAGCAGGUCAUUUUUCCUGCGUCCAGGAUUUACUGCCCUGGGUAGCAUGGCGGCAGUAGCCGCUGGAAUGAGGCUGAUUUUGCUCGCUCUACAAGAGAUAUCAAAGAGAUCUCUCCUUCUUGACGACGCUUUACGCCAAAAUUGCGGAUUUGAGACCACGAGCGGCUUCAUUGGCAGAGUGCUGUUUCUUUUUCUGAAGCCCGUCUUUGCCACGGGAUUCCGCGCGGAGCUCCUUUUGCGCCACUUGGAUCAGCUAGAUCCCGAGCUUUCUUCAGAAGUACUCUACCAAAAGCUUGAGCCACAUUGGCAGCCUCAUCGACUGAAUCCUUCAUCCAACGAGCUUCUUAAAGCGUGUUUCAAGGCCUGGAAAGACUGCGUCGGCGGACUGGUCUUUUCUAGACUUAUUGUCACCGCGUUCAACUUUUCACAGCCAUUUGUCCUGCGCCGUGUGAUUAACCUGGUGGAUAAGCCGCACCAGGAUAACAUGAAGGAACGCGGUGGCGUGCAAGCAGCCGCUACUUUCAUGUUUAUCGAAAUUGCACUGUCACGCACAACGCAUUUACAUCUUAUGAACCGCUUCGUCACACGGAUGCGUGGAGGCCUUGUGACACUCAUUAUACACAAGGCGCACAGCAUUACCGAGGAAGAAGCGAAACGCUCAGCAGCCGUCACACUCAUGACCACCGAUAUCGAUGGAAUCACCACUGGUAUACCGCAAUGCCUGCAGAUACCCAUUGGUAUUCUAGAAAUUGUACUUGGCAUGUACGUCCUGUCGCGGUUCAUCGGCAUCUCCGCAUUUUCGGUAUUCGGUCCUCUUGUUGCCAGUACCAUUGUGGCGUAUUUCGUCGCACGGAGUAUGGCGACAAGGUUCUCGUCAUGGAAUAAAGAUAUCGAGCUUCGAGUCGCAAAAACGGCCAAAAUUCUGCCACAAAUCACUGCCAUCAAGAUGCUCGGCCUAGGGCCAACAGUGGCCACCUUUUUACAGUAUCUUCGGGAUCAGGAAAUCGAAUGUUCAAAAAGUUAUCGCCGCCUGCAGGCACUAGGCAUGGGUCCUGUUCUAAUUGGUGAUUUGAUGACACCUGUGGUCGUUAUUGCAGCAGCUCUAUUUGGACCGGCCUUUCAAGGUCAAAUGUCCGCUGCAGAGGUAUUUCCCGUUUUGACAGUGGUGUCCAUUAUCCAAAUACCACUACUGGCCGUGCUGGAAACCUUUUCAAGAUGGGGAAACAUGCUGGCGUGCUUCUCGCGCAUCCAAAAGUUUCUGUGUCUUGCAGAGAAGAGAGAUCCAAGGUCAAUCACUGUGACAAGCUUGGCAUCGUCUACCGAGAGCGUAGACGUCAGCCAUGCUUCAACCUUGGUGCGAUUUCGAAAGACUGACAUUGCCCCGCUUGGAAUGAAAGAGCCGUUGCUGCGCAAGGUCAAUUUCAGCCUGACACCGGGUUCUACGACAGGCCUUGUUGGCCUCACAGGUGGUGGAAAGUCAACCAUUGUGCAGGGGAUACUUGGCCAGAGUGAGAUCUUGGGAGGUUCCGUCUCUGUCAACACGGAUGAAAUUGGAUACUGUGGCGAGAACGUAUGGUUGCGGGACAUUACGAUUCGAGAAAACAUCAUCGGAGACUUGGAAUUUAAUCAAGCCAGGUUUACAAGCGUCAUUAGAGCAUGCUUUCUCGAAGAAGACCUACAGUGGCUGCCUGGUGGCGCAGACUACAUUGUUGGCACGAAUGGGUCAAAUCUGAGUGGCGGUCAGCGACAGCGUGUCGGACUUGCGAGGACUGCCUAUGCAGAACAUCGAGUAACCAUCCUCGACGAUGCCUUUAGUUCUCUUGACCAUGAAACUGCCGUCUGUAUUCUCCAUCAGCUGAUUGGACGCAAUGGCAUAUUUCCGCGAGCUGGAUGCAGUGUCUUUGUGGUCACCCAUCUUCCAGCGUGCUUGGAUCUGGUUGACCAGCUGCUUGUACUGGAGGGAUCCAGAUGCAAUGUUUUGAAAGAGCGACGACACAUUGAUGAAUAUCGUGGAAAACUCGAUGUUGCCCUAACCACCCUCAAUCACAAUGUUGCCGUCGAAAAAGAACAAAGAGAACAGCGCGCGCUUCGCACAUCUCUGGAGGGAAGAGCCGCUUCUGUCGCCUUUAAUAACACCGCACUGCGCCAAAGAGGUGACAUACGUCUCUAUGGUCUCUUCAUUCGGCCGAUUGGCUGGUUGAAGAUGGGGCUACAUACCGCUCUUACCUCUUUGUAUGCCACUGGAGAAGUUGUCCCGGAAAUCUACCUCCGAAUAUGGAUCGAAACCAAUCCCGACAAGUCUGCAUUUUUCAUUGGCUAUGCAGGUGUUGUGGUGGCCACUUGCGUUCUAGGUUGCUUGGUGUACUGGCUUCUAUAUGCAAAGUUGUCGCCUCGAUCGUCCAGUCAGCUACACCAGAAGCUUGUCGAUAGCACAAUGGGAUCAACCCUCAGGUUUCUUAGUACGACAAAGACGGGGACGCUAUUGAAUCGAUACAGUCAAGACAUGACCUUGUUGUCAAGGAAUCUUCCCGCAGCACUCCUUAGAACCAUUCACUGUGGUACCAAUGCGAUGAUCCAGAUCGGUAUUGUCCUUGCCGGCGCAACUUACCUGGCUGUCUCUCUUCCAAUUAUUCUGAUCAUCUUAUUCUUUAUUCAGCGAUACUACUUGCGCACAUCCCGGCAAGUACGUCAUCUGGACCUUGAGACGAAGGCUCCGCUGCACACGUUUUUUGAGGAAACAGCGACUGGCUUGACACACAUUCAGGCUUUUCGCUGGCAGAACCAGAAUAUUCAUCGGGGAAUAAUACUUCUAGAAGACUCCCAAAAGCCAUUCUAUGUCUUCUUGGCUAUUCAACAAUGGCUUGGUAUGGUUCUUGGUCUUUUAGCCGCUGGUCUCGGUACUUCACUUGUGGCAUUGGCGCUGUUCAUGGAGCAAAGCUCAUCCUCUUCAUCGGUCGGUCUUUCCUUUAUGGGACUCAUCUAUCUGAAUCUCGCUCUUCAAAAUACGCUAGUGGCCUGGACGGCGCUUGAAACGUCGUCUGGAGCAUUGGCAAGACUGUCCCUGUUUGAGAAGGAAACGCCACAAGAGCCUCGACGGACUAGCGAGAAACUGCCCAAAGACUGGCCAGCAAAAGGCCAAGUCGAAAUGAGAAACGUGUUUGCCAACUAUACGCCCGAGGAUGAUGAGUCUUCAUGUGCGCUCCGGGAUGUGUCCGUGUCCAUUCCGGCUGGGCGGCGAAUUGGCAUCAUGGGCCGCAGCGGAAGCGGUAAAAGUUCUCUAUUCCUAACGAUGCUGGGUUUCAUAUCUUAUGAGGGUGUGAUUGAGAUUGACGGUGUCGACAUUGCUUCCAUCUCGCUGGACGACUUGAGAUGCCGCAUCAUUACCAUAACCCAGGACCAGGUGCAAUUCGAUGCCACCAUUCGCACCAAUCUGCUACCAUUUACAAUGAAUGAUGGGCCUUGCAAAAUGGAUGAAAAGGCGAUGAAGCGGGACAUGGACCUCGAGCAGCUGCUCAAGAGCCUUCAUAUAUGGAUACCGCUGGCUAAAAAGGGAGGCCUGGACGCCAACCUCUAUGAUGUUGGCUACUCAAAAGGCCAGAUGCAACUCUUGUGCAUUGCCCGUGCGAUUAUGAGGCAGCGGGAGACGGGUAGUCGGCUGGUGUUGAUUGAUGAGGGCACAAGCAGUAUUGACGAGCGCACCGAAAAGAUUGUCAACAGAAUCAUGAAGGAAAACUUUGCUGGCUGUACAGUACUGACGAUUGCGCACCGCUCGUCGGCUGUGGCAAAUUAUGAUGGCCUCCUUCGACUAGACCGCGGAGCGACGGUAGAUCCGGCCAGAGAGUCUGACUCUGAGUCUGCCGAGGAAGCAAAUUGA